AUGCCCUCCUUGAAAUUCUUCAUGUUCUUUCUUGUUCUCUAUCUUGCAACUUCUGCUAUCGGUUUAACAAGUGCUGCUGAUCCAAAAUAUCUUUUCCAUGAUUGCACAAACACAACAACUUUUAACAGAAAUAGCACCUAUCAAUCUAAACUCAAUUUUCUCCUCUCUUCACUUGUCUCUAACGCCACCCGCAGCAAUGGAUUCUCCACCGGUUUCUACAACGCCACAGCAGGACAAGACCCUGACAAGGUCUACGCUCUCUUUCUUUGCCGAGGUGAUGUCACUCCCACCACCUGUCAAGAGUGUGUCAAUUUUGCUACCUCAGACAUUCUUCAACGUUGUCCUGUUAAAAAAGAAAGUAUAAUAUGGUACGAUCCGUGCCUUUUACGCUACUCAGACGAGUAUAUCUUUUCUACGAUGAAAGGUAACCCCGGUGCGGUUUUUUACGACUCUAACAAUGUUACAGAACAAGUCCGGUUUAACNAUUCACAAGAAUCUAACCUGAUUACAAUGUUCAAAGAGUAG